CUCUAAUCAAUAACAUCAUAACAAAGAGACACCUCUCCUGCAUCAAUUUGACUACAUUGAGUCUGUAGGACCUGCUGAGCCAUUUCUCCGCCGAACGCCAUUCAUACACUCUGAGAAUUCGAUCGACUCUCCUCCGUAAUCCUCGCGACCUUUGCCUGCUCAAGGGUUGUCAUGUGCCUGCGCAAGAGCGUCUGCACUUGCAUCUGCAGGCACAAACGCUCCGAAGCGAUGAUGAUGUCGUGAUUGUCCAUGCCGACUUCCUGUCCCUUCUCUAUACAAACUCACUCACGAACGUGGAAAUCAGUCUUUGUCGGGGUCACCCUGCAGGCUGACUUUGUCGGGAUCCCUCGAUGGCUUCCAACUUCAUCUCGAGGUUCACAGGCUCGAAUCAUGCAUCGGCUUCCAUCUACGAGACUCUCCGCCAACAUGACGAAGACACAGAUGCUUCUGACGUGGAAGAAAGAGCCGGUCUGGCGGCCGGAGCUCAAAAUGUAAGAGAUGGCUUCCAUGACAUAGGCACCGGCAACGCAACCUUCAGCCAGAGUCGCGUCGGCUCUCGUCUUGCGGAGGGCCUCAACAAUAGCCGCGGACAAGUGAGAGCCCCGGGCAAAGGCAAGAGCAGGGCUACGAACAGAUCAAGAUACCCCAGGUCUCAAAAGCUCUUGGACGUUGAAGAGGCGGAUGACGAUGUACCGGCAUCACUGUUGAUCGAUCCCAAUGCCGGGACUCACGAGCAUGACUCAAUCUCCCUUCCUCCACCACCAAGUCACUUCUCAGAUGCCCUUCCUCUACCGGAGGACAUAAAUUUUGACACUCCCAGCCGACGUUCUCGCUCACGGGAUCACAGCGACACCAAUGAGAGACACUCUGCUGUACCGAUCAGGCCAUUCUGGGGAGGUGGUCUUGCGAAUGCGGACCCAAAAGAGAAGGCUAUGUUUCGUUGGGUCAAUGUGACGGACUUGGACAACUUCCUGCUUGAUGUCUACAACUAUUACCUCUGUCACGGUUUCUGGUCUAUGCUGCUGAUGCGGUUCUUCAACCUAAUCACCGUCGCCUUUGUCGUCGGAUUUUCCUUGUUCCUCACCCAAUGCAUCGAUUAUCAAGGAAUCAAAGGCAGCACCAAGAUGUCGGACAUACUGAUCCCACGAUGUGCUAGCAAGAUGGGAUUUGUACCGAACGCAUUGCUCUGGAUAUCGAGUUUCGUCUGGCUUUGGAACCUGGUUCUUUCUGUGUUCGACAUCUUUCGCCUGAGACAGAUGCAUGACUUCUACCUGCAUCUUCUCGGCAUUCCUGAAACCGAAAUCCAGUCAAUAUCGUGGCAAGAAGUUGUCAGCCGCCUGAUGGCUUUGAGAGAUUCGAAUCCCACAAUUACCUCCACAUCUAAAAGACCGGGUGGCUAUCUGAGGUCACAGGAUAAACAGCGAAUGGAUGCUCAUGACAUUGCUAGCCGAUUGAUGCGAAGGGAGAACUACAUGAUUGCUAUGAUGAACAAGGACCUCCUUGACUUGACGCUACCGAUACCUUUUCUUCGCAAUCGCAAGCUCUUUACUCGCACUUUGGAGUGGAACAUUGAAUUAUGCAUCAUGGACUUUGUUUUCAAUCACAAGGGACAAGUCCGGCCUUUAUUCCUCAAGGAUACUCACCGCAAGAGCCUCUCGGAUGCUUUACGAAAACGUUUCAUCACCAUGGGCAUAGUGAGCCUUGUUUUCGCUCCUUUCUUGGCUGGAUUCGCCCUUACCAAGCAUUUUUUCCAGAAUUUCAACGAAUAUCAAAAGAACCCGGCUCAAAUUGGGUCAAGGGAGUAUACCCGUUUUGCUCAGUGGAAAUUCCGCGAGUUCAACGAGUUGUAUCACUUGUUUCAGAGACGCGUCAACAUGUCUUAUCCCUUUGCCACGAGAUACCUCAACCAAUUUCCAAAGGACAAGACAAUUCAAACCGCGAAAUUCGUUAGCUUGGUCUCGGGUGCUGUGGUUUCUGUGUUGGGUCUCGCGACCGUCCUGGAUCAGGAGAACUUUUUGAACUUCGAGGUGACUCCAGGUCGAACCUCCAUCUUCUACAUUGGCGUCUUUGGCUCGAUAUGGGCUGUCGCUCGUGGCCUAUUGCCUGACGAUAAUAUGGUCUACGAUACGGCGUUUUCGAUUCAAGAAGUCAUCGAGUUCACUCAUUAUGUCCCUGCCCAUUGGGAAGGCCGACUACACACGGUAGAAGUCAAGGAUGAAUUCUCACAGUUCUAUCAGAUGAAAGUGGUCGUCUUUCUUGAAGAGGUACUCAGCAUGAUCUUUACACCAUUCGUGUUGUGGUUCAGUCUACCCAAAUGCAGUGAGCGAAUCAUCGACUUCUUCCGUGAGUUUACCGUCCAUGUUGAUGGUAUUGGAUAUGUUUGCUCCUUUGCCGAGUUUGGGUUUAUGGAAAGAGCCAUUAGACCUCAAGCUGCGACAACCACGAAACCAGAAGAGGCGGUGAGAAAUGCCAACGAGUCUAGUGGCAAAGCCCUUGGGACUUAUCUGAGAGACGACUAUUUCGCUCCCAAGGACAAUAAGCUGGAACAGAGUUAUUGGGGCUUUAUGAAUGACUAUGCCCGCAACCCGAAAACAGAUAUUCGGUUUCCCUAUCAUCAUCACCACUCACGUCGUCCAUUGCACAUGCCCCCACCCGUGCCUGGGUUGCUCUCACCGACGUUUCCUGCCGCCGAACAAGGCAACAAUUUCGGCGGUAGUGAUGGUAUUCGCCGAGGUGCAGGCCUAGGUCUCUUGUCGUCCCCAAAUCGUGCGGCCUUGGGUACACCCCGGGUUGGCGCUCAGCACCAUGGAGGCCAAGGCCAAGCUCAGCUGCAUUCCACUCAGCCUCUCGGAUCACCCUUACAGUCGAUGUUGCUCGAUCCUCACCAUCAACCCUCAGCCAGCGGGUUUGGGGGGUCACCGCCAGCAGUAAGACAUCGUGCCUCGGGCGCAACAGGAAAACAACGCCGGGAUCGUGAUACUCCUCUUCAUGGAAUGGCUGAAGAGAUGCCACCUGAUGGAGGGAAUCACAGGCGCGCCCAGGCUGACGGUCCACCAUUAGCUGCAGUGGCUGAACAACCUGUUUCCCUUAGCGCGACCAACGAAGCAGGAGAGCUUGGGUCAUGGAAAUACGAGGUCGAGUCUUCAUCGGAAGCAGACAGUGAAAAUGAGGACGACGAGAAUGAUCCCAAGGCGAUUACGGCGUUGGGGGCUUUGGGGCCACUUGGAUUGAUUCGACAAUUUCAAAAAGCUCAAGCUCAAGAGAAUGGAAGAGCAAGAGCUACUGGUACGGGUAUUUAGUUUUAGAUGUGCAGGUGAAGAUCAUCACGAGCUGGGAGUGAUUGUCAGCAUGGCGCAGAAAGAUUUUACUAUUCGUACCUCGGAGUGCCUCGAAGCAUCAUGGAGUUGAGUACAAUUGGGUAGGGGAUCGAAUUGAUUGAGGCGAGAUCGUGACAGGAGGAGGCACUCAUGACAUAUUUUGCAUCGUGCUGGGGACUUUUUACAGCAUAUUGACCAUUAGAAUGGAUUGGGCGAAGGGAUAAGGGUGUAUAGGUACGGAGUACAUAACAUGCAUGGAUAUUGGAAUGAUUGAGACUCGUUGCAGUAUGCACUUGUCAGUGGUGAUAGUGAGCGAGUAACGAGUGGUUCGCCUUUCUACCUCGCUCGCAAGUUGCCUACUGCACCUGGUAUCGGUAUUCAUUGCUCAGUGGUGUUGGUGGGCUUACUCUUUGAAAACCAAGGAUUUCUUCUUCUUUUUUGAGGCGGUGAGUGACAUGGUGGAAGCAACGGUCGUUCCUUUCCUUUCCUUUCUUUUCCACACCGUUCCUUCAGGUAGAAUUGGGGAGGGGUAGAGGACAGAAAAAUUACCGAGUGUGUGAGAGAGAUGCAUGACCAGUCA